AAGGAGAGGGCAGAGAGAAGGGAGGGGAGAGGGCGGAGUCCGGCGGCCAUGGAGGACCCGAUGGAGAGCCUGCAGAAGGAAGCCACUUGCUCCAUCUGCCUGGAGUACUUCCGCGAGCCGGUCUCCAUCCCGUGCGGGCACAGCUUCUGCCGGAGCUGCAUCGCCCAGUGCUGGAAGGAGCGCAGCCUCAGCUUCCCGUGCCCGCAGUGCCGGGAGGUGGCCCUGCAGAGGAACUUCAGGCCCAACCGGGAGCUGGGCAACGUGGUGGAGAUCACCAAGCGGCUCGGCCUCCACGCCUUGGACUCGGCCGCGGGCGGGGAGGGCGCCGGGCGGAGGGAGCGGGAGGGCGGCCGCCUGUGUGAGCGGCACCGGGAGGCGCUGAAGCUCUUCUGCGGGGAGGAGGAGCAGCUCAUCUGCUGCAUCUGCAGGGAGUCCCGCGCCCACCGCACCCACGCCGUCUUCCCCGCCGAGGAGGCCGCCCAGGACUAUAAGAAAGAAAUCCAGACCCGGCUACAGAGUUUGAAGGAGGAGAGGGAGACCCUCCUGGGGCUGAAUUUGGCUGGAGAACUUACACACCAGGAAUAUCUGAACCAAACGGAAGUCGAAAGACAGAAAGCUAUGUCUGAAUUUGGGCAAAUGCAUCUCUUUCUGGAACAGCAAGAAAAGCUUCUGCUGGGGCAGCUGAACGAACUGGAGAGGGAGAUUGUUAAGCGCCAGAAGGAACACAGCGCCAAGUUUUCGGAGGAGAUUUUCUCUCUCAAUGCGAUGAUCAAUGAAGUAGAAGAGAAGUGUGAGCAGCCAGAUAGCGAAUUCCUUCAGGAUAUCAGAAGCACACUGUGCAGGUUUGAUAGGGACCCAUUUGAACCACCUAAGGAAAUGCCAUGCAAAAUCGAAAAGAGACUAAAUGAAUUCUCUGAAAAGAACAAUGCGCUCACAGAAAUCGUGAAGAACCUCAAAGAUACUCUGCCAUCAGAACUGGGAACAGAAUGGGUCAACGUCACUCUUGACACAGACACAGCAAACCCUCAAGUCAUCAUCUCCGAGGAUCGGAAAAGUGCCAGAUGGGACGUCACCAGGACAGAGCUGCCACACAACCCGAAGCGCUUCAAGUCCUCCUGCUGCGUGCUGGGCUGUGAAUGGUUUGAUUCUGGGAGGCAUUACUGGGAGAUCAACGUGGAGGAUGGUGGCAUCUGGGCUGUCGGUGUGGCCCGGGGCUCUGUGAGGAGGAAGACCGAGUUGAAGCUCACUCCCGAGGAAGGGAUUUGGGCCCUGCAGGGCGACUUUGGCCAAUACCAAGCCCUCACUAACCCUGUGACCCCUCUGCCCCUCAGCUCCACCCCCAGAAGGAUCCGGGUAGCCCUGGACUACGAAAGGGGCCAGGUGGAAUUUUUCAAUGCUGAGACCAAGGACUCCAUCUUCCUUUUCCCCUCAGCUUCAUUCUCUGGGGAGAGUGUGUACCCCUUUUUUAAAGUCUUGCUUGCCCAGUUGACCCUGGAUGUGGGGCAUAGCAACCAAGGCCCCACUUCCGGCUGUGCUGAGUGGCCCGCCAUGGCUGCGGAGGAGAGCCCGCUGGAGACCCUCCAGCGGGAGAUCACGUGCUCCAUCUGCCUGAGCUACUUCAGGGAGCCGGUCUCCAUCGAGUGCGGGCACAACUUCUGCCAGUCCUGCAUCACGCAGUGCUGGGGCCGCGCCGGCGAGGAGAACACCUCCUGCCCGCAGUGCCGCCGCUGGUCCCGCAAGCGCAGCUUCAGGCCCAACCGGGAGCUGGGCAACGUGGUGGAGGUGGCCAAGCGAUGCCCUCACAAUGAUAUCCUUUUCUGCCUUCAGAAACAAAUUUCCAUUCAUGUGAAAGCUCUGAAGGAAAUAAGAGAGAAAAUGAAGGAAUCGAAAGAAGAUUUGGAGUUUAGAAGCCAAGCUGAUCAGGAUGACGUUCACAUUGAGAGGCAGAAGGUAGAAGCUGAAUUUAACAAAAUCCACGAGUUUUUGGAAAAAAUUGAACGAAUCCUGAUUAUCAUGUUGAAGCGAUAUGACAAGGAGAUUGUUCAAAAGAGAGACGGAGCGGUUAAGAAACUAACACAGGAAAUCGAUAUCCUGGAUGCCUUGAUUAAUGACGUGGAGAACAAAUGUCAACAGCCUGCGAGUGAGUUCCUGCAGGACAUUAGGACCAUUGUGUACCGAUGUAAGGCUGGACAGCUGUCUCGCUCAGUGGAAGUUCCUUCCUCACCAACGGAACUAGAAAAAAAGCUUGGACAUUUCAGUCUGAAAAAUACAGUUAUCAAGGAAGCCCUGGAGCAAUGUCGAGCGACUAUGAUUUCAGAAUUAGCAAAAGCAAGGUCAAUCGAAACGGCAGCUAUAAAAGCGAGUGUUACUCUGGACCCCAAGACAGCUCACCCGCUUCUAGUGGUCAGCGAAGACAAGAAAAGUGUGAAACGGGGUGAAAUGGUUCAGCCGCUGCCCAACAAUCCUGAGAGAUUCGAUGCCACUCUGAUCCUGCUGGGCCGUGAGCGCUUUGGCUCAGGAAUCUAUUACUGGGAGGUUAUAGUGGGCAACGGGCAGGACUGGGCCCUUGGUGUUGCCAAGGAGUCUGUCAAGAGAAAGGGACCCAUUAUCACUUCCCCCGACCACGGGAUUUGGGCCUUGGGGCUCAACGGCACAGAAUACAAGGCUUUCUCCUCUCCUGAAACACGCUUGAUCCUUGAGGAAGCCCCAGAGAAAAUCCAAAUAUUUGUGCAUUAUGAGAGAGGGUGGGUGGCUUUUUUUGACGCCGAUUACAUGUCCCUCAUUUUUAUUUUCCGGUCAGCCAAUUUCGGUGGAGAGAAAAUCUUUCCUUUCUUUAAAGUGUGGGGUGUCACUACAGAGCUUAGAAUGUGUCCCUGAAAUAAAGCCUGAUGUGUGCCACUCUGCUUCGGACCUGCAAUUCCAUUUAUGCAUACUUUUGAACAGAAUCUCUGCAAUGGCACAAACAUCGGAUUUCAGAGGGGAAUGUUUUUAGAAAAAAAAUGUUUGGAUCCCAUCUUUUUGCUCCAUUAAUAGAAGUAAUUUUCAGACUUCUUAAGUUGAGUUGAGCGCAUACAAAGUCCCUUACUGUGAUGGUCUUUCUCCGUUCAAUUUGUGUUUAUGGACCCAAAAGUUGGAAUCUAAGCCAAAGACUUUUUAAAAUAAAGAAAAGAUCAUAGAAUCAUAAAGUUGGGAAAGACCUUGUGGGUUAUCCAGUUGAAGCCCUUUCCAAGAAACAUUCAAAGCACCCCUGACAGAUGGCCAUCCAGCCUCUGGUUAAAAUCCUCCAAAGAAGGGGCCUCCACCACACUCCGGGUCAAAGAGUUCCAUGGCUGAAGUCACUAAUGUUCUUUCUAAUGUUCAGGUGGAAUCUCCUUUCCUGUAGUUUGAAGCCAUUCCGUGUCCUAGUCUCCAGGGCAGCAGAAAACAAGCUUGCUCCCUCCUCCCUAUGACUUCCCUUCACAUAUUUAUACAUGGCCCUCAUUAUGUCUCCUCUCAGCCUUCUCUUCUGCAGCCUAAACAUGCCCACGUCUUUAAGCCGCUCCUCGUAGGGCUUGUUCUCCAGACCCUUGAUCAUUUUAGUCGCCCUCCAGCUUGUCAACAUCUCCCUUCAACUGCAGUGCCCAGAAUUCGACACAGUAUUCCAGGUGUGGUCUAACCAAGGCAGAAUAGAGGGGUAGCAUGACUUCCCUGGAUCUAGACACUAGACUCGUAUUGAUGCAGGCCAAAAUCCCAUUGGCUCUUUUAGCUGGUGCAUGACACUGUUGACUCAUCUUCACCUCCCUGUUCACGAGACUCCUAAGAUCUUUUUCACACGUACUGCUGUUGAGCUGGGCAUCCCCCAUCCUGUUUCUUUGCAUUUCAGUUUUUUCUGCCUAAGUUCUUCUUUAUUUUCUUUGAAAGCCAAGCAUAAAUAAUUUAAGAGAGACUCUUCUGCAUCCUUGUCAAUAUUUCAUUGUAAGCUGCAAUAUGGUUCUAGCUAUCAGUUUGAAGCUGCAACUUGGUGUUAGCUCACUUUCACCCUUCUCUUAAAAUUAGACUUCUUCGGAAAGAAACCAUUUUGAUUAUUUUAUCUUGAAAAAAAUGUUUCUACCUUUAAUUGCACCUGAAAAAAUAGAAUUCUCGUAUUGGGAGUAUUCUCUUCAUAUUCUUUCAAUUACAUUUAUUUGGAAGAACAUGGUGCUGAGAUAUAGAAUAUUCCCAGUACCCGAAUGUUCAAGGGUUGCAGUUUGCCCAUCCAGUUUUAGAACACUGAAGUAAGUUGUGAUGCCAGAUUUCUUUUUGGGGGAAGUGGUGAAAUAGCUGCCUCCUUACACUUGUACCAGGCAGUCUUAUAGGAAAACACACAUGAGAUUUUACAAAUACAAAGGACUUCCGACUAUUAAUGUUACAUUUUAAUUCAGUGUGUAGUCAAGCAUAUAUUCAUUCUGAUGGUGGAGACUCCUUCUUUGGAGGCUUUAAACAGAGUCUGGAUGGCCAUCUGUCGGGGGUGCUUUGAAUGUGAUUUUCCUGCUUCUUGGCAGGGGGUUGGACUGGAUGGCCCAUGAGGUCUCUUCCAACUCUAUGAUUCUAUGAUUUUAAUAGGGCUUACACUUCGGUGCAUACAUAUCACAUAAUGACAUUUCUAAGAUUGCUCAAUUGCACCCUGCCUAUCAAACCAAUCGGACCAAUCGGAUUUGAUUUUUUUAUUGCUUGUCUCAAAGACUGUGAGCAAGCUUUGUCAUUAUCCUUCUGUCUUGAGAGGUGUGGCACGUAGAUGAGGGGGAAAAAAGGAGUGUCUCAAGUGGCAGAGCAUAUGCUGUGCGUGUACGUAAAAGGUCCAGAUCUCAAUCCCUGGUGGCCCAGAGACUAUACCUUUCACAGUCCUUCACCUAGCUUGAUCGGGGGAUUUUAGGCAUUGUAAUUCAAGAAAGUAUUUUUUAUGAACUUUUGGAAAUCUUUUUUAUUCACUUCUCCAGCUGCACCGUAUUUCUUUCCAUUGUAGAUUUUGGGUAGUAGUUUUGAGCAUCUCAAAUCCACGACACUCAUUUCCUACCUAACACUGAGCCUUUUUGCAGGAAAUUCUUGAACCAGAAGUGACAGGAAUUCAAGCUUGAGCUUUUUGCAUAUAAAUAGAUGCUCUACUGCUGGGUUUGCUCUCUUCCUUUAUGCACCUUUGGCAUUAUGCAAUUACUGUUUUUAUAACAUAUGUCAUAGCAUUACAGUUUUAUUUAUGUUUUUUGAAAGCUAAUAUUUGAUCUCUUUUACUUCAAAGGCAGGUUAACAACAUGUGUCCCUUCAGGUACAAUUAAACUACAGUUCCCAUCAUCCCUCAUCAUUAGCAAUGCUUGUUAGAGAUGAUGGGACUUGCAAUCUGGGGGCAUGUGGAGGGCUGUGCGUUCCUCCACUCCUAACCUUUUUGAUUUCUGUUACAGUAGAGCAGAUUCUGAUGGGAAAUUAGGGGAAAUGUUUUAAUUGUAGGCGUAGCCCAACACUACAGCCAGUUAUCUAGUCUGAUGCUGGAUUCUUCAUUAGUGGAGUUUUUGUGGCUGGGGCUAGAUAGCCAUGCAGAAGGGAUGCUUUAGCUAUGGAUCUCCUUUUUCAAUAACGCAUGUGGAUUUGGUGGCCUGCAGCUCAGGUGGCCAACGUUGAGAGGUUAGAGAGGCACAUUAGAUCCUCUUGAAGGAGAACUGCAUUCCCCGCAAGUGUCUUUGUAGUGAUCCAAAAUGCCUUCUAAUGGGUGUGUUGGGGAUUUUGACUGCUUUUAGCUCGUCUUGAGCCAUUUUAGACCCAGGAGAUGUCUUUUUAACAGCAUGAAGUGACUCAAAAUCACAUCCUGUUCAUUUCCUCCGUGGUUAAAAAAAAAAAAAACAUUCCUAGACCUCAUAUGCCUUGGAGGAGCAUGACAAAAUGCCCUCCAAGGGCAUAUUAGGGCAAAAAACGCAUUAUUCUUUAACAUCUGGGUCUACAAAAGGAACUGUAUGGACCACAUGGUGUGUCCAUGGUCACACCAUGCUCAUUCUGACCUAUUGCUUGUGUAAUCCCCUCUCCAGAAGUCAGUUGCAUAUCUGUCCUGAAUUUUUUUCCAAUGAUGGUGAAACACAGAACACCUGUCAUCUUUAUCCUUAUCCAUUUCUGACUGCCUGUAGUUCUGUUACAGAAGGAAGACACAAGAAAUCAGAGGCUAAAAAGAAAGCAAGGGUAUUCAUUUGGCUAGAUAUGCCCCUCAGAGGAAAGAGGGGAAUGGAGAAAAUUCAAGAAGUAGCCCAUGACCUUGGAGAAAUGACUGCUUGGGACCACUCUCAGAAUCUUCCAGCCAACAUGGCUGUUACCUCUUGGUUGGGGGAUUCUGGGAGAUCUCAGAAAAAUAAAAAUAAAAACCAUACAUGUGCUACAGUAUGCUUUAAGGUUUGUUUCUCAGAAAAAUCCUUGGGAGUUGCUGUGGUGGGGAGGAUAUGGAAUUCGGGGGGGAAAUCGGCUCUUAAGAGUGCUUCAUAAGAAAUCCCCAACAGUAAAUAAAGCAUAGUUUGAGGUCCUGAGCAACUUCAGUAAGUGAAGAAAACAAAGCUUGAGUUGUUUUUAGUCUCUUUGACUUUAAUCGAAGGAAAUGGGAAUGUUUGCUGAAUUGUCGCAGUCCUGUCGUACACUUAUUCAGUGGUUCUCAACCUGUGGGUCCCCAGAUGUUUUGGCUGUCAACUCCCAGAAAUCCUAACAGCUGGUAAACUGGCUGGGAUGUCUGGGAGUUGUAGGCCAAAACACCUGGGGACCCACAGGUUGAGAACCACUGCACUUAUUUGGGAAACAAUCUUAUUACACGUAGGGGGAGCUUUUCCAAAAAAAAAAAGAAUAGAAUUGUACUAUAAGGGAUCUACAGACUAUCCCUACAUUAUGAUAAACCUUGCAGAUUUGGAACAUGUGUUUUUUUCUUUUGUUCAAGGUGAGAAGAUUUGUACAUAUUUUGAUCUGGGGAAAAAUAUUGUCAUUGCAUUAAAAAAAAUCUCUUUUGUGAGCUCAGAA